GGAACCUCUUUUCCAAGCAAACUAUGCAUCUUCUCUGAUCUACAUGGUGACUGCAGUAAUGAAAAACAAUGUUAUAAAGUGUGUGAUUUUGAAAAGGACCUGUGCAAUGUGUUCCUCUUUGUUAAUGGGUGGACAAGGAGAAAUGGCCUAACCAGCAUGGAAUCACCCCUCUCUGACCACAGUGGAAAUAACACUGGCUAUUUCCUCUCCUUGUCCUCUACAGUGAGUUCAUCUCCUGCAACUUUAAAAAGCAGAGUUUUCCUUCCUACUGAUACCAGUCAUGUUUGCCAGAUUAAAUUUUAUUAUUGGAUUGGUCACAUAAGUGGAAAAUUGAUGGUGGAACUCCAAAAGCAUGGUGAUGGUUCCUAUGAAAAUAUCUGGCAAGAAUCUGGAAGGCAACAAAAUCAGUGGAGAACAAAUAUAAUUACAAUCAAUAGCACUGACAAGUUUAAGGUUAUCAUUCAAGGGAUAUUUGAGACCCGGGGACAAGCUGAAACCAUCGCUGUUGAUGAUAUUUCUUUCAGUGAAGGAUGUUUUCCAGAAUUCGUGCAGCCAGCCUGCAGUUUCGAAUUUGACAUGUGUGACUGGAAUUCCAAUGCAACGUUUGAACACGCAUCCUGGGCACACGUGAAAGCAGGACAUAAUAUCCCCUCCAAUUCAAGUCCUCUGAGAGAGCAAAGCAAAGAUACUGAAGGCCAUUACAUGUGGGUAGGAGCUAAUGAUAACACAUUAUACAAAAUAGUUUAUUUUAACAGCUCCAUGUGUCAUUGCUUUGGCAAGAAUUGCUAUCUUCAGUUUUAUUACUCCAUGGCAGACAGCAGCAUUCUCAAAGUAGUACUGUAUAUUAAUAAGGAGGAACAAGUGCUGUGGGAGACUCAUACAUCAACUAACAAGGAAUGGGUCAGAGCUGAUGUGCAGGUACCAGCAGAUCUGAAAAAGAUAAAGCUUGCAUUUGAAGGAACUAUCCAUAGCAGGACAGGUUUUAUCUGUCUGGAUAAUCUCCAGUUCUCAGACUCUGCAAGGCCACAAUCACCAGGGCUCUGCUCUUCAGGGAAGUUCAUCUGUGCCAAUGGCCAAUGUCUUGCCAGUGAAGCAGCCUGUGAUUAUCAUUUGGACUGCUCUGAUGGAAGUGAUGAAGAUCCAACAGUUUGUUCAAAUUAUACACUUUGUGACUUUGAGUCUGAUUUCUGUGGAUGGAAGCCAUUAAGCACAGAGGAUAUGGAAUGGAACAGAGUAAAAGGACAGACUUCCAGUGAUGUGAGUCUUCCUAACAGAGACCAUACAACUAAUGAUGAACAUGGAUCAUUCAUUUAUUUUGGUGGCUCACUGCUGACAAAUACAACACCAAUUAUAUCCAACCUCAGGAGUCCUGUCCUUACUAGGCUAUCUAGUGAACCAGCUCAGUGUCAGAUAAGAUUUUGGUAUCAGUUGUCUCAGGAUUCGCAGCUCUCUGUCUUCAAGAGAACUGUUCUUGAUGUGGAGAUUCAAAACCUAAGUGUGAUAUCAGGACUGUCCACGAUGCAAUGGACAAAGGCAACUAUUCUUAUAGGAAGCACAUCUGAAGAAAUGCCAACUCCUUUCCAGAUCAUUUUACAAGCUAUAGUUCCGUCAAAGAAUGCCACGGUUGCUAUAGAUGACAUCAGUCUAACGACGGAGUGUGGUGUUACCUACGAAUCACUUACAGAUAGCAUCAAAGGAAGCAAAGCUGCUAAGUGUGACUUUGAAAUAGACAACUGUGGCUGGUCUGAAACUGUAAGCACAGAUGCAUUUGACUGGGUAAGAAGCUCCAGAAGUGGUCUUCCAUCUGCCUUUCAGAAACAAGCUCCUGCACGGGAUCAUACCUAUAACAAAUCUGAAGGUCACUUUAUGUUCAUUUUGCAAAACGGCAGCAGCAUUUCGCAGGUUGCUCAGCUACGGAGCCCCAGGUUCAGUCAGACUGGCUCAGAUUGCACAGUGUCUUUCUGGUAUUACAAUUAUGGUCUCUCAGUUGGAGCAGCAGAAAUGCAACUGCAUAUUGAUGGGCUGAAGGACCCCACUGUUCUAUGGAGGAUAUACUAUAAUCAGGGUUAUCAAUGGUUAAAGGCCUUCAUUCAGCUUGGCCGCCUCCCUUGGCCUUUCCAGUUAUCAUUAGAUAAAAUUAGCCUUGGGUUUUAUGAUGGUGUUUCAGCGAUUGAUGACAUAACAUUUGAGAACUGUGCUCUUCCACCUCCAGCAGUAAGCUGUGAUGCUCAUGAUCAUUUCUGGUGCAGAGACACGAGGGCUUGUAUAGACAGUUCAUUGGUUUGUGAUCUUGUGGAUAACUGUGGGGAUGGAUCUGAUGAGGAAAAUUGCAACCCUGAGCUACAAUGUAACUUUGAAAAUGGGCUGUGCAACUGGGAGCAAGACACAGAGGAUGACUUUGACUGGAUCAGAAAACAGGGCCCAACGCCAACGUUUUACACAGGACCAUUAAAGGAUCAUACUUUUGGCACAAUCAAGGGGCAUUAUCUUUACAUGGAAUCCUCAGAGCCUCAUGUGUUCCAAAAUACAGCAGCUUUGCUCAGUCCGAUCUUUAAUGCCACUUCCCCUGACGGCAAUAAAAGAUGUAUUUUCCGCUUUCAUUAUCAUAUGUUUGGAAAGCAGGUUUAUAGUCUGUCAAUCUUCCAGAGAAUUGUGAGCAAUACCAAGGGACAUCUGCUAUGGUACAAGUUUGGAAAUCAAGGCAACAGAUGGAUAAGACACACACACUACAUUACUAGCCCUGACCCAUUUCAGAUCUUGGUGGAGGGUACUGUAGGGGACGGUUUCACUGGAGACAUUGGAAUUGAUGACUUGUCUUUUAAGGACUGUAUCCUUUACAACGGGAAUUUGCCAACAGCCUCAACAACACCCUCUGGAACACGUAUUCCGCCAACACUCCCUACAAACAACUGCACAGAGAAGGAAUUUGUCUGCAGAGCCACUGGCCACUGCAUACAGAGGAUACAGAAAUGUGAUUUCAGACCUGACUGCUCCGAUGAGUCUGAUGAAUCAUCUUGUGCCAUGAUUUUUUGUGAUUUUGAAGACAAAGGCCUAUGUGAAUGGUAUCAAUUGGCAACAGAAGUGGCAGCAGCAAUUGUUUCGGUCUAUACAUCUAAUACAUUCCAGUGGAGCCUUGGAAGAGGAGCCAGUGUCCAUCCAGGGGAAGAAAAAUGCAGGCCACCAAAUGAUCAUACUACGGCUACAAGGGAAGGCUGGUACCUUUAUGCAGACAGUUCAAAUGGAAACUUUGGUCACACCGCUGAUAUUGCUACUCCAGUCAUAUCUCUUACAGGACCCAAGUGCAAGCUAGUAUUUUGGAACUAUAUGAAUGGUGCAACAGUGGGUUCUCUACAGGUACUCAGUAAAAUUGGUAAUGUGACGUCUGAACUUUGGGCUCAAAGUGGCAGCCAAGGUGCACAGUGGAACAGAGCAGAAGUGUUCUUAGGAGUACGCUCUGAUUUUCAGGUGGUUUUCCGGGCAAAACGUGGUGUCAGUUAUUUGGGAGAUGUGGCAGUCGAUGAUAUUUCCUUUGAAGACUGUUCCCCUUUGCUCAUCCCAGACAGACCCUGCACUUCAGAAGAAUUCACAUGUGCCAACAAGUACUGUAUCCCAAAGGAUAAUCUGUGUGAUUUUAUGAAUGACUGUGCUGAUAACUCAGAUGAGAGCCCUAACAUUUGCAGUACAUCCAUAGGGCAUUGUGAUUUUGAAUUUGAUCUUUGUGACUGGGAGCAAAGCAGGAAAGAUGACUUCGACUGGAAUCUCAGAACUGGCAGCACUCCAAAAAUUGGUACUGGGCCAACUGCUGAUCAUACCUUGCAAGGGCCAUCUGGUCAUUACAUCUUUAUAAAGAGCUCAUUCCCUCAGUUGCCAGAGCAGAAAGCCAGGAUUUCUAGUCCCAUGCUAAGUGGAAACAGCAAAAAUUGCAAGAUACUCUUUUAUUACCACAUGUAUGGAACCAGCAUUGGUUCUUUAAUUGUCUAUCAAGUGACAUCUUCAGGGCAAGAAAAAGUCCUCCUCAACCUGACUGGAAACCAAGGGAAUUACUGGCAGAGACACAUAUUGGGCCUGGAUGCAGAUGAAGACUUUCAGGUUACCUUUGAAGGACAUGUUGGGAAAGGCCCCAAGGGUGACAUAGCACUCGAUGACAUCACAUUCACCAAGGAAUGCUUGCCAUCAACAGAUGUCUCACUAGAAGAACCUUCAGCACUACCUCCAACAGGCUCCUGCUCACAUGGCUAUUGGGAAUGUCAGAAUGGCAAGUGUUACAGACCAGAACAAAGCUGUGAUUUUGCGGAUGACUGUGGGGAUAAUACCGAUGAGAAUGAAUGCGGUACUUCCUGCACCUUUGAAAGAGGCAGAUGUGGUUGGCAAAAUUCCCUAACUGACAACUUUGACUGGACUCUGGGAGACGGCUCGCCUCAAAGUCUUAGACCUCCCAAGGAUCACACGCUUGGAAAUAAAAAUGGGCAAUUUCUGUAUCUUGAAGCUACGCCAAUAGGAUUAAGAGGAGAAAAAGCCCACGUGAAAAGCUCUCGAUGGAAAGAAUCAAGGUCAGAUUGUAUGAUGAGCUUCUGGUACUUCAAGUCAUCCAAAGCCACAGGAGAUAUUCACGUUCUCAUUAAGACUGAUAAUGGAAUUUCAAGAAUAUGGAGUGAGUCUAGAAAUCAUGCUGGUGAAUGGAAGAAAGCAGAAAUACACCUGGGGAAAUUGAGGAAUUUUGAGGUCCUAUUUGAAGGCAUUCGUGCCAAAGAUCUAGGAGGAGGAGCAGCAAUAGAUGACAUUGAGUUCAAGAACUGCACCACAAUUGGAGAGAGUCCUAGAGAAUGCCCAGCAAUCACUGAUUUUGUGUGUUGGAACAAGAAUUGCAUUGAGUCUCACCUUGUUUGUGACUACAAACCAGACUGUGAGGACCAAUCUGAUGAAGCUGACUGCAGUCACUAUACAAGUAUUCCUGGAAGCUGUAACUUUGAAACACAGGACCAAGAAUGGACUGUUAUGUGUGGUUUCACACAAGAUGUUGGAGAUACUUUUGAUUGGAGUAUUGGCAAUAGCAGUGUCACCAAGCAAAAUGGUCCUGGGGCUGACCAUACACCAGGUAAUGGACAACAUUUUUUGUAUGUCAACUCAUCUUCUCAGAAGACAGGGGACACAACAAGGAUAGUUACUACUAGUUUCUUCCCAGCCAGCCUUGGAGUGUGUAGAAUUCGGUUCUGGUUCUGGUUGUGUGAUUCUAGGCAAACAGGAUCCUUAAAGGUUUACACUGUUGAAGAACAUGGUAUGGAUAUUCUCAUGUGGUCUUCAAGCAGGAAAAAAGAAAGGACAUGGAUGUAUGCAAAUGUGGUCCUCUCCAGUAACAGUCCUUUCAAAGUUGCAUUUGAAGCUGAAGUGGGGGCAAAUGAGCUCACAGAAUUUGCUCUUGAUGAUAUUUCUUUCACUCCUGAAUGUAUGGCUGGAGGACCGAUCAAACCCCAGCCUCCAACCUGCAAUAGGGACCAGUUCACCUGCAUGUAUGUCCAGCAAUGUCUGUCUCCUGCUGUAAAAUGUAAUGGGGUAGAAGACUGUAUGGAUGGAACAGAUGAAAUUAAUUGUUCUACUGAGAUACCAGCCACUGUUUCUCCAUGGCUUUGCAAGGACACAGAGUUCCUGUGUAAUAAUAAUCAAGGAUGUAUCCCAUCACUCCUGAGAUGUGAUGGUGUGUCUGACUGUCAGCUUAAUGAAGAUGAAGUGGAUUGUCCCAUUAAAGAUUGCUUCAAUGGUUCUUUGUUGUGUGCAUCAACUAACAGAUGUAUUCCACUCUCUCAGCGUUGUGAUGGUAUCUCAAACUGCAUUGAUUUCAAUCUUGAUGAAUCCAGCUGUUCAGAUUGUCCUGAUGGCUAUUGCAAAAAUGGAGGAACCUGUAUCAUCAAAGAAGUUAUUCCUUUAUGCCAGUAA